UCCUCAAAAGUAAAUUUAAAAUUUUGACAAAACCCCACACGGUUAGGAACUUUUACCCUUUUUUUUCAUUUGAAAACCCCACACGAUGACGUCACUAAUCAUUGUUCAUCUCAAAAACCCAACUCUGAACUCUCACUUCUGAAAUCCUGAAGAAAUAAAUAAAAAUUGAAUUCUUCAUUUUCUUUCAGUUCCAAAAAUUCUUCAUUUUUACACAUUUCACAUUCCCAAUUUUCUCUCUCAAUGGGAAAAGGAGGAGGCUGUGUUCCCAGCAAGAAACAAGCACCACCACCGUUAACCAAACAAUUACCGCCGCCGAACACCACCACUGAAUCCAACAACUCAAUCCAAGAAACACCAUUACCAUUACCAUUACCACCACCAGAAACCGAUUCAAAAUCCAAAAUCUUCAUCGUUUUCUAUUCGAUGUACCGUCACGUUGAAGGGUUAGCAAAGAGGUUGAAGCAAGGUGUUGACGCCGUUGACGGUGUUGAAGGGGUUUUAUACAGAGUACCUGAGACAUUGUCAAUUGAUGUCUUGAAUCAGAUGAAAGCACCUAUUAAAGAUGAAACUAUUCCGGUUAUAUCGCCGGAGGAGCUUGUUGAUGCUGAUGGUUUUUUGUUUGGGUUUCCAACUAGGUAUGGUUCUAUGGCUGCGCAGAUGAAAGCUUUUUUUGAUUCUACUGGGAGUUUAUGGAACGGGCAAAAGCUUGCCGGAAAACCUGCCGGAUUCUUUGUUAGUACCGGGACUCAAGGUGGCGGUCAAGAAACCACUGCUUGGACAGCAAUCACUCAGCUGGCACAUCAAGGAAUGCUAUUUGUUCCAAUUGGAUAUACAUUUGGACCUGGAAUGUUCAAUAUGGAAUCCAUUAGAGGUGGUUCUCCAUAUGGUGCAGGAGUGUUUGCAGGUGAUGGCACAAGAGAGCCAAGCGAAACAGAACUUGCUCUUGCUGAGCAUCAGGGCAAAUAUAUGGCUGCCAUAGUCAAGCGGCUCGCCAAAUCCUGAUGCUGUUUUCUUGAUAUAUUCUAUUACUGUUGGUCAUAUGUGUGAUUUUGUUUACCUUAUUUUGCUGUAAAAUUUAAUCUGGUUUUUUUCCAUUGCAUUGUGACGAGGAAUGACAGUUUUGUUGCGUACUGUCAGUGUCAGUUUUGACGGGGAUAGGGAUUCCCAUGUUGUUCUAUGUUCUGCAUUGUUAUGGAAGUUAUACAUGUUUCUAAUACAUAGACAUCAAAUAUUAUUGUGAA